AUGAGCAUCAAACUGAUGAAGCAGCGUUGGCUCUCAGAAGUUCAUGAUGUGAAUACAGAAGGUCAUGAGGGUAGAUCACCAAUCGACCAGAAAGAUGGAAGUAUUGAUGAACAUCUGGAUAUUUCUACGAGUGUGGUGGAUAUGGAACUAGUUGACGAUUGCACGAGUGCGACGAGUGAGGAAGAUGGAAGAAAAAAUGGUGAUGAGGAAUUGAUAUUGAUGAGUGAGACAAGUCGAACUGAGGAAACUAGCAAAAGAGAGGAGGAGAGGAAGGCCGAGAGUAAGGUAACGAGCCGGGAAGAUGAAGUGGACAAACCUCGUGCUCCACCACCUUAUAUUGUCGUCGAUGAAAAUGUGGUUCUGUGUGAUGAGAAUCUUGUUAAAGAAGCUGCGGUGGUGCGUUGUUUGUGUGAACCAACCGAAGAAGAAUUAUCGUCAGGAAGUGGCUGUGAUGAGAACUGCAUCAACAGAAUGUUAUACACAGAAUGUGGUUCACGUUGUCCGAGUGGUGCACGCUGUUCAAAUCGUCGUUUCCAUAACAAAGAAUAUGCUAAGGUGGAAGUGUUCUAUGCUGGUGUCAAGGGAUGGGGUCUUCGUGCUUGCGAAACAUUAGAACCUGGUCGCUUCAUUAUCGAAUACGUCGGUGAGGUAAUUAGCGCCGAAGAGAUGCGACGUCGUGGGCGAAGGUAUGGAAGGGAUCCGAAGCAUGUACAUCAUUAUUUAAUGGCACUCAAGAACGGAGCGGUUAUCGAUGCCACUGUUCGAGGCAAUAUUUCACGUUUCAUAAAUCAUUCAUGUGACCCAAACUGUCGCAGUGAGAAGUGGACAGUUGAUCGACGUCUUCGUAUUGGAUUCUUUGCGAUUAAGAGAAUUGCGGUUGGAGAAGAGCUGGUAUUCGACUAUCAGCUAGAGUUAUAUGGUCGAAAAGCUCAGCGUUGUUUUUGUGGUGCGCCGAAUUGUCGGGGCUUGAUUGGGGGUGGUGAAUCAGAGAGCGAUACUGAAGGACAAGGUCAGCAACAACAAGAUGAGAUGGAGUUGGAGGAAAGUGAAAGUGAGGAAGAACCACUGAUUGAGGAAAAGAAAAUGGUGGUGACCAAGAAUAGGAAGAAAGCCAUUUCGAGAAGACGAACCAAGAAGACCACUUCCUACAAGAACACUCCAAACAAAGAGGUUAACAUUUUGUGCGAUGCUUUUCUAUGCGCAAUAAGUAAAAUGCUUUCCCGCGGUGCACCGAGGAAUCGAAAGCAUGUUAAGGAAUUAGUACAAUUGAUGAUUCAAGUUGAACAGGCUGAUCAGCGUUGUGAACUUCUGAGAUGCUUUGACACGGCUAGUAGCGAUAUCUUGCGUCUUUUCAUGGAAGAAUGUGGCUUGCGUCUUCUCUACAUAUUUCUUGCUAGUGAUUAUCCAGUUGAUGAUCAACGUACUUCAUUAGGUUUAUAUGUCAAAACACUCGAUCUACUUAAUUUAAUGCCAAUUACUACGCGUAAUCAGGUUGUUGAUAGCCAUCUUAUUGCCACACUUGCCAGACUUAUCCUCAAGGAGGGUCCAAUUGAUGCGGAAGUGGCCAAGAAAGUGCAUGAUUUGGUUGAUGCAAUAUGUCCUAAUAUGGCUGAUUCGUCAGCAUCUCCCUCAUUGAUUACGGAUGUUGAUCUCGAAAGAUUACACUAUCAGAUGCUUCAUAAAGCCAGUUUUUUACUGCUCAAGUGGAAACAUCUACGUGAAGAGUUUCGUAUACCGCGUAGAGAACGCAGCAAUACACCGAUGUCGGAGCUGGAUCGAAAUGAUGACGAUGAUAAGAUGUUACGUCGCUCGGUAAUUCCCGAGAAGAAAAUAGAAGUAUUGUCGUUUAAAAAUCAUCGUAUUCUCGUACCACGUAACAGCGGUAAUUUCGCUAAGCGAAUAAUACCAAAGAAAAAACGUUCUAUGACAUCUCCCACAUGUGCUAGUGAAUCGGGUGCACCAACAAUACGACGUUCGCGAUUCGAUAUUGUUGGUGAAGAUUUGCAAGAGGGCUGCUUUUUUGGACCCGGAGCACCCAUCUUUGACGGGUCAAUGCAGGGCCAAGCUUGUCCUCCUCCACCAAUGCUAUUACCCGAAUCGAUGUUCUCAGCUGGUUUCACUGAUUUCAAUGGCUUUCCAACAAUACCGAUACCUUUUGGUUGGAAUAGUAAUUCUUAUGCAAAUGGAUAUGAUCCGUUUGGAUAUCCACCUUUUAUGCCUUUCUAUGAUCAACAACCGAUGCAAAAUGCACAAAAUACCUCUCCUUCUGUGGCUGAAACGUUGAAUAUACUGGAUGCACCAUCACCUCCUCCCGAACCCAAGCCUAACACCAUAACACUUGGACCGUUCAAUAUUGACAACCCAACUGAUGAAGAUAUUGAAACACUCGAGAAGCAAUUGGCAAUGAUGAAGGAGAAACGCGCAGCAAUCAAGAAGAAAGAAGCUGAGCAAGAGGUUAACACUGUCCCUCCACCACCGCCUCCAGAUCCGAAUAACAAGAAAUCAAAAUGGAUACAAGCAACCACAGAGGAAGGGACUGUUUAUUAUUACCAUAAGGAAACAAGGGAAACAGUUUGGCAUUUACCCGAAGAAGGGGAUGAGGCAGCAGAUACAACAUCCGAUCAUAACGAUCCGCGUGCCAUUUUCAAGGCACUUAUCGCCAAACAUGUCGCUGGUAUCCUUGAACCAAUUCGCAAGACAAAAUUCUCAUCCGCCGAUGACUAUAAAUAUGUUCUCAGAAAGUUAACUCAUACAGUUUUGGAGAAAGAGUCAAAGCGAGUGGGGAGUGCAGACUUGAAAGUGACCGAAUCUGUAAAAGAGAAGGCACGUCGGUAUGUCACCGAGUACAUCGAGCGUUUAGGUGAAGGGCAGUAUUCGAGGAGGAAUAAACAGCACAACACAUAUUAG